UUGGGGAAGAAGUUGGAGGUGUGUACAGGUUAAAGAUGUGGUGUAGUAAUUCUGUUGUGGAGUGCAAUUUUAGUCACUGGGGUUCGAGGCCUCUUUUAGGUUUUCUAUUUUUUAAAUUUUCUCUGGAGAUAUUAAGAAAUGAAUGCUGGGAGUAUGCGUUUGUCAUUGUGAUUUAGUGGUAGUGUUGGUGGCUUCGGCACAACUUGUUUUAUUAACCGCCGAUUCAAGACUAAUAGCAAUAGAAGGUUUAUCUUUAUGUGUAGCCCUUAGAGCAGCUUGUGUAUAUAUUUCUACUGGUGAAAGAACAGCAAAAGAAUUAUCGUCAGUUUUACAAUUAAAUGCUCAACAAUUUAAUUUGUACAAUAUUAACGGGGUAAACGAUGUUUUGUCUACGGGAAUAACUCAAGUUUGUGCUUUUGAUCAAUACAUUGGUGCUUUUAUGGCUGGUGGACGUUCGGAGCCAGUAACACGUGAACAAUCCCCUUCAUAUCUUCAAUAUAUUUGCACUGUUGGUUCAAGAGGAAAAGGAGAAGAAGAAGCGUCGGGUUAUGAUUCUUCAAGUAAAAGACAAAGAGAAUUUGUAAAUUUUGUUUGGAGAAGUACACAACCUUUGCCUGGAACUUUAACUGAUGCUUUGUUUUCGUUGACAUCAAAGAUUUCUAGCAACAUUCCAUCAUUUGGUUUCCGUUCAUUUUUGGGUGUAGGCACAUCACGUAUUGACCAACCACGACAAAAACAGCAACUUUCUGAUUCACCUACAACCCAAAUUUAUUCAAAAAGUUUUUUAAAAGAUGGAAAAAGGAAAUCUGAACGAACUUUUGUUGCUCCAAAUGGGUGGAAUUUAAUGGUUAUAGUUGAUAAUAUUGGAAGAAUUUUGCUAAUAAAUACAAAAAUGAGAAGAAUUUUGAGGAUUUGGAAAGGGUUUGGAGAUUUUUUAAAUUUUUUUUAA